AUGCUUCGUAAAAAAUUAUUAAAUCAAAAGGUUUUGUGUUCCCUUUACCCUACUAAGGUAAGUGUUCCCUUCACCCUACUACUUGAGUGUUCCCUACAGAAUGUUCCUUUCACUCUACCCAAUGUUCCCUUUACAUUUAAAAAUUUUCAAAUGCUUCCAAAUCACUUUAUUAACAAUUUUAUAGGCUUCUUCCCGCAACUAUUGUUUCCCCCUACAAUGAUCCCCUCUUCAUCCUCCACCUCUUCCGCGUCUUCUUCUUCAGCCUUUGUUUCUUCCUCUACUCCCCAAAAUCGUUUAUUCCCCAUUUCUUCUUCAACUUCCGGCACAAAUAGAAGUGAGUUUGUCGCUUCUCCAAUAACUGGACAACAACAACAAUAUUUAAAUGGGGACGGAAAUGGAGGCGGUCUCUUUGGUAGUAACACAAUUUUACCACCACCACCACAUCAAUUUUCAUCAUUACAACAACUUCAACAACAAAAUCUACUCUUCCAACGUCAACAACAACAAAUGCAGCAAUCCCAACAACAACACCGUCACAGCCCCCGGCUACACCAUCCAUUCCAACACCAACCAAAUCCUCCCCAAAUUGACAAUCAUCAACAACAACUUUGGUUUAAUUUACUUUCUGCUAUAGCUCUAGGGCACACAAAUGGUUUGCCAACAGCUUCUACCAGUGAUUUAUCUCAGCAACAACAACAAACAAUUGGCGGAACGGACAUUCGCUCUUUGGCUGCUGAGAAAAGUGGGUUUUUAUAUUCGUUUUUAUUUCUUUGA